GGCCCACGUUCCCCCGGUCUCGGUGCUGCUUCCCCUGCAGGAGUCAGUCUUUGAUCCUCUGAACUCAGAGGAACUUUUUCCCCCAAAGAAAGGCAAAUUGCAAACAAUGUGUUUUCGCCAACUAAUACCAAGUAUUAAAGCUGAUGUUAAAAGAGCUGCUUGUGGAUCCGGGCACAGCUUUUAGGAGGAUACGUAAGUGGGCUUGGCCCGGGGCGAGUAAGCGCCGAGGGCAUUGUCCGCUGAGUGCCGGGUAGUCCGGGUGCUCCUGCACAGGUGCGGGUGCUGGUGCUGCCCGGCCACCUGCGGGUCCACGCGGGGUCCCCGCGCUGACCCGGAAGCCUGGUGACACAGACGUUUGUGUGCGCGCUUUGUAAGCGAAUAAAUUUUUAUUGAAUGUAUAAACAGAGGAGCUCUUCAGUCCUUUUGUUUUCACAUUGUCCCCGAAGGUUGGUGAAACUUGCUUGUGCUGGUGAACUUAACCAACUCCAGACUCCGCAGACGACUCUCUUCCCUGCUGAGGCCAGCUACUGCAGGACUACGGUGUGAACGCAUGUGUAGAAUUGCGGUCAUUUCACGAAAAGCUAAAUACAGAAGGAAACGGGAAGGAGCAAAGCACUGAUUACAGAUGUCUUAAUAAUGAGCAAAUGUGGCAGGAAAAAAUAUAUUAAGACAAAUCUCAGACAAAUGGAAACACUUGACUGUCAGCAGGACGGAGGUGUACCGGGCUCUGUGGCCGAGAGUGAGUCUGCUCACCUGCAGGCGCAGACUGGCCCAAAUUCAGCCCCCACUUUAGCCCAGGUUUCUGUAGCUGGACCAGGCACCGGAAGAGGCUCCCCCAGUGUGACUCUGGUACAGUUACCUUCGGGCCAGACUGUCCAUGUCCAGGAAGUAAUUCAGACACCACAGCCAUCGAGCACCCUGUCACCACAGAUACAGGCGGUGCAGGUAGUAGCCGUCGCAGAGGCUGAUGACUCUGCAGAAUCGGAAGGUGUAACUGACUCUCAGAAACGGAGAGAAAUCCUUUCACGAAGACCCUCUUAUAGAAAAAUACUGAAUGAACUUUCCUCUGAUGUGCCUGGUGUUCCCAAGAUUGAAGAAGAAAAGUCAGAGGAGGAAGGCGUGCCCCCUCACGUGGCUGCGAUGGCAGUGCCGACUAGCAUUUACCAGACCAGCACGGGGCAAUACAUUGCUAUAGCCCAAGGUGGAGCAAUCCAGAUUUCUACCCCAGGAUCUGACGGUGUUCAGGGCCUGCAGGCAUUAACAAUGACAAACUCAGGAGCUCCUCCGCCAGGUGCUACAAUCGUACAGUACGCAGCGCAGUCAGCUGAUGGCACACAGCAGUUCUUUGUCCCAGGCAGCCAGGUGGUGGUUCAAGAUGAGGAAACUGAACUUGCCCCAAGUCACAUGGCUGCCGCCACCGGUGACAUGCCUACUUACCAGAUCCGGGCCCCAGCUACGGCUCUGCCUCAGGGCGUGGUGAUGGCUGCGUCUCCGGGAAGCCUGCACAGCCCCCAGCAGCUCGCAGAGGAGGCCACGCGCAAACGAGAGCUGAGGCUGAUGAAAAACAGGGAGGCUGCCCGGGAGUGUCGCAGGAAGAAGAAGGAAUAUGUCAAAUGUCUUGAAAACCGUGUGGCGGUGCUUGAAAACCAAAACAAGACUCUGAUUGAGGAACUCAAGGCCCUCAAAGAUCUUUAUUGCCAUAAAGCAGAGUAACUGUCUUUGACUUGGACCUUGUUUGCUCUGAACUACUAGCUGCCAUGUGGACUUGGGAGAGGGAAGCUUGUGACCCUCCGGAGCCCAGUGCGGCUUAGUGUUGGAAGCGGAACGGGGUGUUGGUCCACGUUGUGGAAGGCCACCAUGGCCACUUCACCAGGCUUGCUUCCGCCUCGUUGCUGCAUGCCAAAAAUAUUUUCCCUUUGCCCUUUCGCUUCUGCUUUCUUUCAGGGAAGCCGCUAAAGAGUGUCGACGUCGGAAGAAAGAAUACGUCAAGUGUCUGGAGAGCCGCGUCGCAGUGCUGGAGGUCCA